GACAAAAGGCAGGGUUGGGCUCCACUGCGCAGGUCAGGGGAACUUUCUAGAACACCACCUUGGUAAACAAGCAGGCUAUAUAAGGGCCAGAAACCCUGGGAGAGCGACGAGGGAAUGGAACCGGCACAGAGCGCUGCACUCUCUCCGUCCCGCUGCGAGGGGAAAACACCGCUGCUUCAGUCUUUGCCUCAAUCUCAGCUUUUAAAUCUGUUUCAAAUAUUAUCAUCUGCGAUUCCACACAAACCCAUUGCCGAGACUCUCUCUUGAGCAAAGGUCUUUAUUGAUGACACCUUGAAGCCCUGAGGUGCCUCACCCUAAAGCUUUAUGGGAGCUACUAGAAUGUCUGAAGAGGACUGGUUGCAUACACUUAGCUAUGCCCAACAGAUGCACCUGACCUACAGUGACCUGGCAGUUUACUUUUCAGAGGAAGAAUGGAAGGAUCUGGAAGGCUGGCAGAAGGAGAUGUACAAAGAAGUCAUGAAAGACAACUACGAGAAUCUGCGAUCUCUUGGAAUUCAGGUUCCUAAACCAGACGUGUUCCUGAAGUUCCGACGAGGAAAGAAAGAGGUCGGGGAAGCCAUCCCAUGUAAUACCGGAUCAACCAAAGAGAAACAAAUUGAACCUAAACUACAGCCAAUCAUUUUGCAGCAGCAGGACCUUAUUACUGACUCUAAGGAAGGAACUCCUGAAGGCAAAUCUCCACAAUGUCUAAAGUGCGGGAACCUGGAGGACUGCAACUGUUACAUAUUCAAAUGCAACGCAAAGAGACCAUACAGCUGUAUAGACUGCGGCAAGUCCUACAGAAAACACUCGUUGCUGAUUGUGCAUCAAAAGAGCCACUUCAAAGGCCAAGCCUACAAGUGCGAGUGUUGCGAGAAGAGUUUCAUUAAGCCGUCCCACUUACAGAGACAUGUGAAGACCCAUCGGGAGUACAAGUGUCCGGAGUGUGAGGAAUGUUUCAGGAAUAUAAGUCUGUUUUAUAAACAUGUCAAAUUACAGCACAAAGGGAGGGGGUACAAGUGCCACACGUGUCUGGAGGUCUUCCCGUUGCGAUCAGAUAUCAUGAAGCACCAAGAAUCCCACAAGACAGUCCAUCAGUGUGGACAAUGUAAGGCAGUCUACACAAGACUUGGUUCUUUUAAGAAACACAUGAGCACACAUCUUCCUCAAAUAGCAACCAGUCAAAGUACCUCUAAUUCAGAAAAUGGAGAAAUUCAGAAGUUCCUUCAAAUAACGACCAGUCAUAGUAUGCCCAGCUCAGAGAAUGGAAAGACUCAGGAGUUCCCACAAACAACCACCAGUCAGAGUACCUUCAGCUCAGUGAAUGAAAACACUCAGACAGUCCCUCAAACAACCACCAAUCAUGGUAAGUACUCAGAGCAUGGAAACACUCAGACGUUCCCUCAAACAACCACUAGUCAUGGUACCUUCAGGUCAGAGAAUAGAAAAAAUCGGAAGUUCCCUCAAACAACAGUCAAUCAUGGUAGCUUCAGCUCAGAGAAUGGAAACACGCAGACGUUCCCUCAAACAACCAUUAGUCAUGGUACCUUCAGGUCAGAGAAUAGAAAAAAUCGUAAGUGCCCUAAAACAGCAGUCAGUCAUGGUGGCUUCAGCUCCGAUAAUGGAAACAUUCAGACGUUCCCUCAAACAACCACCAUUCAUGGUGGCUUCAGCCCUGAGAAUGGUAACACUCAGACAUUCCCUCAAACAACCACCAGUCAUGGUACCUUCAGGUCAGAGAAUAGAAAAAAACGGAAGUUCCCUCAAACAGCAGUCAGUCAUGGUGGCUUCAGCUCCGAUAAUGGAAACUUUCAGACGUUCCCUCAAGCAACCACCAUUCAUGGUGGCUUCAGUCCUGAGAAUGGUAACACUCAGACGUUCCCUCAAACAGCAGUCAGUCAUGGCACCCUUAGCUCAGAGAGUGGAAACACUCAGACGUUCCCUCAAACAACCACCAGUCAUGGCACCUUCAGCUCAAAGAAUACAAAGAAGUUCCUUCAUCAGGAAGAAAGGGACCAGAACAAAAUGGACAGAAGUGGUCAUCCUCUCAUUUCUGAUCAUGCACAUGAGCUUAAACAAAAUAAGCCAAUCAAAAAAGAAACUGUAAAGCGGAAAGUGGACAGAUUUUCCUCUGACCGGCCAUUUGUGGACUUUCAAACAAAAGCCAAGACUCAUAGACAAGCCAAUGUUUCUGAGGACCUACUGCAGAGACUGCAGUCCCAACGGCCAAAGACAACAAAGAACACUAAGCACCAGGUGACCCAAAAUACAACGAUGAACUUGAUUGCCCCACACAAAGUAGAGCUCAUACCCCAGCCAACAGCCCCUACCUCAAAUAACAAAUCAUUGACGUCACAAUCUUCCACCUAUCUCGAAAAGGCAGAAGAAGACUUAUUCACCUGCAAAAAGUGCAAAAAGCGUUACAGGCACCGCACGUCGUUACUCCGGCACAAGAAGUCUCACACGCAGAGGUAUACGUGCCACGCGUGUGGGGAGACCUUCCCUAAACUGGUACUCGUGUAUCUUCAUAGGAUGGUGCACACUGGGAAAAAACGCCACGCGUGCCGGUUCUGCCAGAAACGAUUUAGCGUCAGGUCCCUCCUUCUCCUCCAUCGGAAGACUCAUAAGAUUUGGGAACCCGAUCUGCUGCUCAACAUCGGCCAGGGAAAUCUGCUUGAAAUCCAGCAAAGAGCUAUGGAACAUGAGGUCCACGUGGAUUUAAAAGAAAACCGUUUCUUAAUGGAACAUUCCUAUCACUGCACACCCGCCUCAGGUUCCGGCUGUAGGGCCACGGGCCCCAGACCCGCCCUGCAAGAGGCGCGCAAGUGUAGGGACUACGUAAAAAAGAUUCGUUACAGGAAUUACGAACCAAGAGACAGUAAUUAAAGGGAUGUAGAGAGUGCUAUUCUAAGAUAAUUUGCAAUUGGUCUUCAUUUUUUAAUAGUUGUAGUUUUUUUUUAGUUAUUUCACUUUUUUUCUUCAGCAGUUAUCUGGUUGCCAGGGUCCAAAUUACCUUAGCAACCAGGCAGUGGUUUGAACGAGAGACUGGUAUAUGAAUAGGAGAGGGACUGAACAGAGAGGUAAGGAAUAAAAAAAGUAACAAUAAAACUGUAACCUCGAGGAGCAAUAGUUUUUUGGCUGCCGGGUCAGCGACCCCCAUUUAAAAGUUGGAAAGUGUUAGUAGAGGGAGACGAUAUGAAAUAAAUGAAGACCAAUUGAACAGUUGCUAGGAAUAGGACAUUCUAUAACAUGCUAAAGGUGAAACACCCCUUUAAAAGCACUCAUUCAUUUCAACCGUUCCCCCCCCCUCCCCCCUCAAGUUCAUACGGGAAUAUUUUUAUAUGUUUGUAAAGUUUCAGUGUUACAGGACUUGGCAAAUAAAUAGUAUUUCACAGA